AUGGAUGUCAAGUCUGCUUUUCUCAAUGACAUAUUAGAAGAAACUUUGUACGUUGAACAACCACCAGGUUUUGUAAAUGAUAAAUUCCUUGAUCAUUGUUAUAUUCUCGAUAAAGCCGUUUAUGGAUUAAAACAAGCACCUCAUGCUUGGUAUGUAACUCUUACCAAUUUCUUAAAACUCUCUAAAUUUAAACAAGGAUCUGUUGAUCCCAAUCUAUUUCGAAAGAAAGUAGGGGAUCAUCUGAUGUUACUUCAAAUUUACGUAGAUGAUAUUAUUUUUGGCUCGAAUGACCCUUCAUUGUCUAGAGAAUUUGUGAAUAUGAUGAAAAGCCAAUUCGAGAUGAGUAUGAUGGGUAAGAUCAAUAAUUUUCUAGGACUGAAUAUUCGUCAAAGCAGGGAUGAAAUUUUUAUCAAUCAAGAGAAGUACUCUCGUAACCUGCUUGAGAAAUUUGGCAUGACGAAUAGUUCGAAAUUGAAAUUACCAAUGCCAGUCGGCACACACUUAGGACCUUUAUUGGAUAAACUUGUUGUCGAUCUCACGUUGUACAGAAGCAUGAUAGGUUCUUUACUAUACUUAACUGCUAGUAGACCUGAUAUUAUGUUCGUUGUUUACAACUGUGUCAGGUACCAAUCGAAUCCUAGAGAACCCCAUCUAACAGCUGUGAAGAAUAUCUUUUAUUAUCUUAAAGGAACUGUGUCGUUGGGAUUGUGGUACCCUUCGAAGAUUGGUUUCUUCAUUCAGGCGUUUUCUGAUGCAGAACUUGGUGGGUGUCAACUCGACAGAAAAAGCACUAGUUGUAGAUGUCAACUUUUGGAUAGGAAGCUUAUCAGCUGGCAAUCGAAAAAACAAACUUGUGUUUCGAUUUCCACAACAGAAACAAAAUAUGUUGCUGCUGCAGCUUGCACUUCUCAGGGUAUAUUUCAAUCAACAUAUCUUGGUGGACAUUACUUUGUGACAGAGGGACAGGUACAAUUUCAAAUCCUUGCACUAGUUAGGUGUCUCUAG